CCAAUGAUGCCCUCAAACGGUACGGCACUCUACCCGACCAUCUGAAGAGGCAUCGAUUGGUGUGCAAUACGUAUCGAUUAGCUCUUAGCUAUCAAAACCGACUCUAUUACCAAACUAUUCAGUCAAUGGCUGCGCUAAAGCCGCCGAUACUGGCGCUGUUGGCCUCCACUUAUUUGCCAAAAGUGUUUCUAAUGGCCAUCAAAGUCAUGAGUUUUGGCUACAGUUCCCCGAACACUCAGUUCCCGAUUCGUACGCUCAGUCAGUGGUUGUGUCCCUUCGAGAGUAACCCACAAAAGGCGGACAAUUAUAUCGAAAAUAUGUGCCAAUCCUAUGGGUUAGACGUGAACACGGAUUGCAUUGGUUUUAACAAAACUAAAUUCAAAGAAACGGCUAAACCGUAUGAAAACCAAAAGUGGAGUUCAUUGGAGUUCUCAUUGAAGGAACUGUCGCUAUCUUCGCUUCUUAUAGGUAGACAUGAAUUGUCACACUUUGAGGAAUAAAAUAGUCGCAAAUUAUCCAAAUAGUUAUUUAAUACAAAAAAUCAUUUAAUGAAAUGAAAAAUACAGUAUAUUUUGUAUACCAUUUAA